UCAAGCUACCAGCUACCGAGAGUCUAAUCUGUUUUUCUUGUUCCAUCACCUAAAAAAGCAACGCAAGAAAAUGCGUGAAUGCAUCUCCGUCCAUGUGGGCCAGGCUGGUGUCCAGAUUGGAAAUGCCUGCUGGGAGCUGUACUGCCUGGAGCACGGCAUCCAGCCCGACGGCCUGAUGCCUGCUGACGCACACCUCAGAGGAGGGGAUGAUUCCUUCAACACCUUCUUUAGUGAGACCGGAGAUGGGAGGCACUUCCCCAGAGCCAUCUUUGUGGACUUGGAGCCCACCGUCAUCGAUGAGGUGCGCACUGGAACCUACCGCCAGCUGUUCCACCCGGAGCAGCUGAUCACCGGUAAGGAAGACGCUGCAAACAACUACGCCCGGGGUCACUACACCAUCGGAAAGGAGAUCAUCGACCCUGUUCUGGACCGGAUUCGCAAACUGGCYGACCAGUGCACCGGUCUUCAGGGCUUCCUGGUCUUCCACAGCUURGGUGGAGGAACCGGUUCUGGUUUCACCUCCCUGCUGAUGGAGCCUGCNAAAGACGUCAACGCCGCCAUCGCCAGCAUCAAGACCAAACGCUCCAUCCAGUUUGUGGACUGGUGUCCCACUGGCUUCAAGGUGGGCAUCAACUACCAGCCCCCCACCGUGGUCCCCGGUGGAGACCUGGCCAAGGUCCAGAGGGCCGUGUGCAUGCUGAGCAACACCACGGCCAUCGCAGAGGCCUGGGCCCGUCUGGACCACAAGUUUGACCUGAUGUACGCCAAGAGGGCCUUCGUCCACUGGUACGUAGGAGAGGGCAUGGAGGAGGGCGAGUUCUCUGAGGCCCGGGAGGACAUGGCUGCACUGGAGAAGGACUACGAGGAGGUGGGGAGCGACACUGUGGAGGAGGAGGAGGGAGAGGAGUACUGACGAGGUGUUUUUUUUUUAGGAGGUGUUGCUUUGUUGUUGUUUUGGUUUGUUUCUGUUCACCUCCUCCAGCCUGGUUCAAAUUGUUCAAAUGUGACCGCUUUAAAAGGUCAUUAAAAUGUCAUUUUUACUUCUGUUCUUUCAGCCUGUUUUAAGUAAUGUUGUGUUCCAUCCUGUACCCACACUGUAAAAAAUGAAAUGUUGGAUUUACUUAACCAUGUUAUGUAACCUGGUUCCAUUUAACCAGUUCCACACUUAACUGGUUCCACACAGUUGAGUAAAUUCAAAGCAAUAUACCAGUUU